AUCAAGCUCUCUCAUGGAACUUCUGCUUUGCUCCUCGUCCCUGCUUCUCCUGCUGCUGCUAUCCUCUCAAGGCCUGCAAUCCACCGAAGGUAGAGCGCUGCAUUACCAGUUCAAGGAUCCUCCAAAGGUAAUACAGAUUGGUAAGGGCGUGUCAAUGGCGGAGGCGCUGAUCGGGUCGAGGCCACCGCGGUGCGAGGACAAGUGCGCGCCGUGCGGCCGGUGCGAGGCGGUGCAGGUGCCGGUGGCGCCGCGGGUCGACAGCAGGGGCGAAGCCGAGGCCGGGCGCGCCCGCCUGUUCAGAGCCGCAGGUGACAGGACCGUCGACGAGAGCUACACCGACUACAAGCCCCUGAACUGGAAGUGCCGGUGCGCGGACCGGCGAGCCCUGGAUCCGUGAUCCGGA